AUGGACUCUUUAAAGCAGACGUUGGUCACACAAACAAUAAGCGUUCAAUUUGUGUCCAUGGGGGAUCUCACGAUCGAUAGGCCAUACCCAGUAUUGAAGAUGGUCAACCAGGACACACAGUACGGACAGACCGUCAUCAGCACGCUCGAAGGUGAUGCGGGUAAUCGCCUUGAGGUAUAUCUCCCGAAGUCCAUACAUCUCAAGGAUGAAGAAAUAUUAGAAUUCAACGGUAGAGUUGAUAAAAAUUUGAAACUCGUGUAUAAGGGUAGACGGGGGAGGGCUUUUAAUAUUACAUUC